AACCCCUUCACCAUGGAAUUGGAAUCCUAUAAACAAAAUCUGUACCCGACAAGAUCAGUAUCAAGCUUAUUUCAAUGGCGAAAUCUCAUUUGCCUGCAUAUGCUUCCUCUUCCGCAAAAAUCCACCCCUCAAACGACCCCGAGAUAGACCCCAAUUCCUGUUCCCUUGAGAAGUUCAAGCUUUACGAGACCAGAGCGAGGUUCUAUUUAACUGGGAGUGACAGGAACAAGAGGUUUUUUCGAGUGUUGAAAAUUGAUCGAUCAGAGCCGUCUGAUCUAAAUAUCAGCGAGGAUCCGGUGGUUUAUUCCCCUCAGGAAAUCAAAAACUUGCUUCAACGGAUUGAUGAAGGAAAUCGUGCUACCGGCGGCCUCAACCCUGUGGCUAAGGUUUUUGGUAUUGCAGGUUACAUUAAGUUUUUGGAGUCAUAUUAUUUAAUUUUGGUUACUGAUAGGAACCUGGAUUCUUAA